UGUGCUAAUUCAGGAGAUCCUGCCGUUCUGCUCUUCUUGUCCUUUUCCUAAGUCUGAGGAUCAUGAACUACAGUAUCAAUCAUUCCUACUUCCGCCUGUAUGGCGUAGCUCCGCCAGAUGCUCGUAUUAUCGCUGCCUUGCUGCAACCAUUUCGAAUGUAGCGAUAUCAUCAUUGAUUUAUACCGUAACAUCAAGUUCCAUUAGUAAUAGCGUAGAACGCUGCCGUAUAGUAUAACUUUCAGUUAUACUGGUACAGUCACAGAUAGCACUAGACACUAGUAGCUGUUGGCCGUAUUGGAGGAUGUCUAUAUAGUGAUGAUCCUUCUUCCUCACAACAUCUACCUACAAUUAACAUAAACACCACUUCACUAAAGAACAAAACAACAAUUCAUACCAGUUUCUUUCCUCAGCCCGUCCCCUACUUCUGUCUUCCUUAAGCCAAUCAAUACUAUCAAAUAACUACGCUUUUCGCAUUUCAAAAUGGCAAGCAAGAACGAUCGCACCAACGCCACUCAAGCCAUGCGUCCUUCCACCGCUGCCUUCUUCAAUAAUAACAAAAUCUUCAAUCCCCCGACCGCCCCUGCUGCCGAUAGGCCUAGACGCAAACCGAAGUCCGUCAUCGAUCUCAAGGCUCUAACCCAACAUCCCUUAAUCGAAAUCAUCAGCAACAAAGAAAUUUCGAUUUAUGUUGAGAUGUGCUCUCAUGCGGAUGAAUUCGAAGAGUCCACUGACAUCUCGACCCUUCUUGCCGCAUUGCCUGAAUACAGGUCAAUCAAAAAGUUGUCUCUCAAGAUACAUGUGCCUAGGCCUCAUACUGAGUCGGAGGAAUGGCACAAUUACCAUGUUAGUUUCGUCAAAAAGCUGUUUGCCAUUAUCGACAAGUUUCACUUGUACAAGCUAAAAGUUACAAUGUCUAUUGACAAAUGCAGCUUUCCUCAGAUGAAGUUCGGAGCUGCUGUUCACUCAUUGAGGUUCAAGAAGUGGGCUUUGUACUACCAGGUCUAUGAUAGAGUCAAGGGAAUUGAGGAGGGUCCGGUCAAGAUAUCCCGUGGUAGCGAAUAUGACCUUAGACUUCUGGGUGUUUACAGGAAGGAGUUCUUGAGUUAUCUCAAGUAUUAACAGUUGCAUAUUCUGGGAGCUGGGAUGCAGGACAAUUUUGAGAGGUGACUUAGCAGGGUAGUCGUUCGGGGUUGUUGGGGCAUGGCUUUCGGAAAGGCCGCCAUGUGCUUUUUGCGAAUAUUUCCCUUUUCCCUUUGCUUUACAUUUCGAAAAAACGGAGGAUGAAUUGUGAUAUGGGAAAGUACUGGUCUUCGGUGAAACUUCACAUAGUAAUUUAACAGAAGAUGAACGAACGUCCUUGCAUAUAAACAAUGAUUUGAUAAUGAGAAGUGAAUAUAAAGUGAUCGUAUGAAUAAAACUGUCAAGCUUGGCUUUGGGGCACCUGUUUUCGCCUUGCUAAAGGUCUACAGUACGGCCAUGAAUGUCCAUAAGGCGCAAUUGCUAGUGGUUGAACAGCAAGGGAGAUUUGAAUACUUAAGAGACUCUGAAUUCAUCCUUUAGCGAGUUUCUUCUCGCAUACAACAUCCUCUAGUCAACAGUAAACUAACUACCUCACAUUCAACACCAAAUCUUCUAACCUCCUACAUCGCGCUUUUAUUAAAACUUUUACUCAAUACUUC